AACGUCAACGUCAACGUCAACGUCAAUCCGAAUGGGUAUCAUUAUGGAGCACACGCUUAUCAACCAGGCUCGUUCCCAAACCAACCACACAACUCGCCGACGUUCCCCUCAAACCUCUCACCUUAUGCUCAACCGUUCGUACUCCCCUCAACCGGGGGUUACUCGUAUUCACAAACAGGUAUCCCCAUGUCCCUAACCGGUAUGGGAUCGUUGUUGAACACGCACCACCAGUUCCCAGGCUCAGGGUCCAUCGGGAUGGGUAUGGGAAUGGGCAUGUCGAUCAGUCCGCAAUACGGGACGCAUUGGGCACAUAGCGGGCUCGGACUGGGUACGACAGGAGGAGGGAUGGGGAUGAGUUUCGGACACAUGGGGUCUUACCUCGGAGCAUCAUCACGUGGAGGGCAGAACCAUAUGAACCACAUGCACAGCGCUCAAGGAGGUGGAGGGCUCGGGGUAGGGUCGAUAGGGGCCGAUCCGAAUUUGCAGAUCGGGCCGGGUCCGGCGGGGAGUUCGGUAAAUAGCGCGAUGAUGAUGCAGCACGGACAUGGGGGCGCUUGGGGCGUCGGAGGGGAGAGGAGUAGGGAGUUGGAGAAGCGGUAUGUGAGGGAUUUUACGUGUUGUGGGUUGAAAUUGGGAGGGUUGCAUGAUCUGCUCGAGCACUAUGAGGAAUGCCACGUACACCUCGCUCCGGAUCUGAGGAAACAGUCCAAGUCGAUCGACGCGGGUGCCAAUCCGGAGAACCUGAUCAUCCCGCAAAACCCGGCUAUCAACGCCAUUUCACGUACGGGCACGCCCUCGACGUCGUUCCCUACCGCCUCGCCGUUCUCGUCUCGACCUCAACCGGUACCGCCUUCGUCCUCGACUGCACCGAGCAUGACGACGAAACAGAGUAGUCCGACCGAGAGCGAUGCGCCAGGGACGCCGGGGAUGAUGGACAUCGAGAUGACCAUGGACGACGACGAUCCGACAGGGGUGGGGAUUGUUGGUGGUGCAGGGUCGGGCGGAAACAUGCCCAGCAUAUUACCACCAAGUUCGGCUCAAUGGACGGCGUUCCAGCAGGCUCAACAACCGCCACCGGGUGGGUUCCCGCAGUGCGUCGAGCCGAGCAAGUUGUCAUACGCUAUUCCAGGGGUUGGGGCGCAAUCCGGAUCGGCCUCGCAACCGGUCAGUAAACCUGGAACCCCUGUCGGUGGACUAAACGGCGUCAAUCUCGCUUUCAAUGGGGCUGGGACGGGAGCGAUCGGGAAGCCACCCAGGUUGGGUGGUUCGACGGUGCUUACUCCCGAACAAAAGGCUGAAAGGGCAGCGAGAAAGGCCGCUAAAAAGGAGGCUAGGCGGAUCGCCAAGGAGAAUGGAGAGCUGAGUAGCGAUGAUGGAAGGGACGCAGAGGGGUUCAAGAAGUAUCGAUGUCCCGUACCAGGUUGUAACAAGAGCUAUCGGCAGGCCAAUGGUCUCAAGUACCACGUCCAGCGAUCGAUCAAUUCGACUCAUGGACAUCUCGUCAAUGUGCCGCUGCUACCGCAUCCCCAUCAUCCGGAUACCAAGGCGCACGAAAAGACGGCGCCGGUCUGAGCGUUCCGCUCGGAACCAGGCCUGAUUCACAUUUAUCACCAAGUCUACCCAUCAUCUCCCUCACACCACACCUGCACCUCAGCUUCGCUUUCGCCGGCAUAUUCCAUUCUCAACAUCCACUUCAGGCAUACCGCUACGCGCCGUCAGGCAUCACCGAACAUCGUUGUAGAUGGACACUAUCUCUCGCGCUUUUUCCGGUCUGUGCUCUCGUAGUUCUGUUUCGGCUUCUAUCAGACUCGUCAGCUUUCGCUUGUACCAACUCUAUCGAUUUGUACAUGUCAUAGUUUGCAUUAUUCAUCGUGUUCAAGACGC